AUGAAUCCCCAGUGCGCCCGCUGCGGAAAAGUGGUUUAUCCCACGGAGAAAGUCAACUGCCUGGAUAAGUAUUGGCAUAAAGGAUGCUUCCAUUGCGAGGUCUGCAAGAUGGCUCUCAACAUGAACAACUACAAAGGCUAUGAAAAGAAACCCUAUUGCAAUGCACACUACCCAAAGCAGUCCUUCACCACGGUAGCGGAUACACCUGAAAACCUUCGCCUGAAGCAACAAAGUGAACUGCAAAGCCAG